AUGACUCCUACUCCCUUCGAAGAAUAUGCGGCGCUUAUGAACCGCAACGGCGACGGCUACUAUCUGUACAAACCCCAACCAUGCACUAAGCUCCAUCCCGGUGUUGUCGGAUUUUUCGACAGACACGGGGGCUGGACCACGAUUACCGACGUCUCAAUCCCAGGCCAGGCUGAAAAGGACGGAUACACAGGUUUUGGUAUCCAGUUGAUUAAGGACACACCCGAGCAAGCAAGCUGGGAUACUCGGGCUUCAUCAAGUGAAGCACAGCACAGCUUCGGAGUGACUGGGGGACUUUCAGGCGCCCUGAGCGCUGCACCAGUGGAUGUCUCGGCUGAGGCUAAGAACAAAUGGGGACAGACUGGAAAAGCUGCGCUUAUUGCUGAACAUGUCAUUAUCCACGAGAGAUUCCGUGGGCCUUGGGGGACUCCACUUAAGAAUUGGGUUAAGCAGAAUGCUAAGGCACUUGUGAAUUCUCCUUGGAACGAAGAGAUCAAAAAGUUUGGUCUUUGGGCUAUUAACAAGACUUGGUCUACCCAAGAAUGCAAGAUCACUAUGGAUAGUGCUUACAAUCGGGAUACCAGCGGUGGAUUCGAUGUUGGGGCUACCGGUGUGGCCAAGGGUGGAGUGAAUGCUUCGUCGGAGGCAAAGAAUGAGAAUCAAGGCUGGACAACCUUUAAGGCGUCGGAGGGAGAGAAAGGACUAGUCGUGUCCUACGGUGGAAAUGGCUUCAAGCUUUCGACCUUUACCAAGUUCUUCACUAAGAACCCACUCAAGCAAACUCAAGAGAGGGCCAUGGCCGCAGAGAUCCUAAAACCUGUAUUCGAUGAGAAUGGGCAGAAGAUCGGUGUUGAGUUCUACAGGCCCAUCUACGACGAGAACCACAAGCAAAUUGGGCAAGAAAAGAUCGACAGAGAGGCCGAUAGGAAGCGCAAGGAAGAGGAAGCCAAGAAAUUGGUAGAGGCUGGUGAUGCGGAGGAAGAGGUGGAUAUCGAGUUUGGUGAAACUUUCGGAGAAACAGAAGAGGAGCGAGAGGCAGAAAAGCAGCGCUCUCGCAAGUUAGAAGAAGAGAACAAAGAAAAGGCUGAUGUCAUUAUGGCUUCAGGACUGCCCGAUGAGGAGAAGAGGGUUGCGUUGCUCAAAUUGUAUGUCCAGGAGGAGGUUGUAUUUUAA